GGCGGCUGGCAAGCACCUGCUGCGGCCGGGCGUCCUCGGUGUCCGGCGUCCUCGCCCAGCAAGUUGCGGGCCCCACGGGCCCUGGGCUGCGGGCCACGGGCCCGGAGAUGGCGUUGGAGCUGCGGUAGCUCGGUUUCUUCUUGGACCAAGAUGACUGAUGGAAACCUUUCCACCUCUAUGAAUGGUGUAUCAUUGAUGGGCAUUCUAGAUGGUCGGCCAGGAGACUCCCUUCAGGACCUGCAACACCUGAAUGUCAAGGCACCCAGAUCUGUUUCAGUGCCUGACUAUGGACCCACACUAAAACUUGGUGCUUUGGAAGAUCGCCACAGUCUUCAGUCAGUAGACUCAGGCAUUCCUACCUUGGAGAUUGGCAACCCGGAGCCUGUCCCCUGCAGUGUAGUCCAUGUGAAGAGAAAGCAGUCUGAGUCAGAGGUCAUCCCUGAACGGGCCUUCCAAAGUGCAUGCCCCCUACCAUCCUGUGCACCCUUAGCUCCCACCAGCAGCGAGCAGGAGCAAGUUGUGCGGAAGUCUUCCACCUUUCCCAGGACAGGCUAUGACUCAGUGAAACUCUACAGCCCCACCUCCAAAGCCUUGAGCCGAAGUGACAAUGUCUCUGUCUGCAGUGUGUCUAGUCUUGGCACAGAACUGUCAACUACAUUGUCGGUCAGCAACGAGGACAUCUUGGACCUCAUGGUCACAAGCAGUUCUAGUGCCAUUGUGACCCUAGAGAAUGAUGAUGACCGACACUUUACUGAUGUCACUCUGAGCUCCAUCAAGGAAACCAGUGACUUACACCAGCAGGAUUGUGUUGCUGAGACUGAGGAGGGGAGGAAAUUGAAACUAUUCCAACCAUUCAGCCACUUCUUUACAAGGAAUUUGCUUGCUAGAAAACAAAAUGCAAGACUUGAUAGACAGAGAGACUUGGGAUGGAAGCUGUUUGGAAAAGUCCCACUUCGAGAGACUGCUCAAAAAGAUUCAAAGAAAACACAAAAGGAAUAUGAAGACAAGGCUGGAAGACCACCCUCUCCAAAGCAGAAUGUGAGGAAGAACCUGGACUUUGAGCCGUUGUCCACCACGGCACUCAUCCUUGAGGACAGACCCGCAAAUCUCCCAGCAAAACCAGCCGAAGAAGCUCAAAAGCAUAGACAGCAAUAUGAAGAAAUGGUGGUGCAGGCCAAGAAACGAGAGCUUAAAGAAGCCCAGAGACGGAAGAAGCAGCUGGAGGAAAGGUGCAAGGUUGAAGAAAGCAUAGGAAAUGCGGUUCUCACCUGGAAUAAUGAGAUCUUGCCGAACUGGGAAACCAUGUGGUGCUCUAAGAAGGUUCGAGACUUAUGGUGGCAGGGAAUCCCUCCCAGUGUGAGAGGCAAAGUAUGGAGCUUGGCCAUUGGCAACGAGUUGAACAUUACCCACGAGCUCUUUGACAUCUGUCUUGCUCGGGCCAAGGAGCGGUGGCGGUCCCUCAGCACUGGUGGCUCGGAAGCGGAGAACGAAGAUGCUGGGUUUUCAGCAGCAGACAGAGAGGCCAGUCUGGAGCUUAUUAAACUGGACAUUUCUAGAACAUUUCCUAAUCUCUGCAUUUUCCAGCAAGGUGGUCCAUAUCAUGACAUGUUGCACAGUAUUUUGGGCGCUUAUACUUGUUACCGGCCGGAUGUGGGUUAUGUUCAGGGCAUGUCCUUUAUAGCUGCAGUGUUGAUCUUGAACCUAGAUACUGCAGAUGCCUUUAUUGCUUUUUCUAACCUUUUGAAUAAACCAUGUCAAAUGGCAUUUUUCCGAGUGGACCAUGGCCUUAUGUUGACUUACUUUGCUGCAUUUGAGGUAUUCUUUGAAGAAAACUUGCCGAAAUUGUUUGCACAUUUCAAGAAAAACAACUUAACUGCAGACAUCUACCUAAUUGAUUGGAUCUUCACCUUGUACAGUAAGUCCCUGCCCUUGGACCUUGCCUGCCGCAUCUGGGAUGUGUUCUGUCGAGAUGGGGAGGAAUUUCUCUUCCGCACAGCUCUGGGCAUCCUGAAGCUAUUUGAGGAUAUCCUGACGAGGAUGGACUUCAUCCACAGUGCCCAGUUUCUGACGAGGCUGCCUGAGGACCUGCCAGCAGAUGAGGUGUUUGCAGCCAUCUCCACAGUCCAGAUGCAGAGCCGGAACAAGAAAUGGGCACAGGUGCUGUCUGCGCUACAGAAAGACAGCAGGGAAAUGGAAAAAGGAAGCCCAUCCCUCAGACACUGAGGCUCGGGGUAACGCCCACUUGGCACUGAAGCACAGCUCCACACGUCACCUGUGUGCUUUCAGACUGAAGCCUGAGAAGAACAGGGGCUCUUUCCAUGUUGGAUUUCUAAUGCUGAAGUUGGCCUUAAAACAAAAUAGCUCUUAAAGAAUUACAUCCAGGCUUAGCCUUAAGCAGCUCAGUGGACCCAUGCGCUGGCAUUGGUCAUGGCUAGUCACUGCAUUUUCCACAUGGGCUCGAGAAAAGGCAGGCUGUCUCCUUGCUCCUUUAUUCCAGCAGCAGUUAAUUAAAUUAUGAUGCCAAUAUGCCAACUACUGGAAGGUACAUUACAAUCUUUCUUAGCCAAGAUGCAUGAGAAAUAUUAUUAGGAGACCUCAGAGAUGUUAUUGGUUCAUAUGUUGGAUAAGAAAGGAAUUAUUUAGUUACUGAGAUGAAGGGUAUGUUUUAAAUCACCCUACUAAGGAAGGUGUAAGGAAGAUAGAGCCUGUAGAGUAGUUGCUGGUGAAUGUUCUUAGGCUCCUGAAAAUUCACUUAACUUCUGUAUUGACACUUGACCCUGUUGCCUUGGCACAUGACAGCAGGAAGGCUGAGAGUUCACAUUAGGACCCCACUCUCUAAAGUAGCUCUCAUUGCAUCUUGGGAACCAUGGUGGUUGGAGCAGGGGAGCCACAUGCUGAGAAGGGAUAGAGAUGGGCUCUGUAAAGAAAGGGGUGGGAAGAGACUGCAAAAUUUACUCUUCUCUUACCUGCUUGCUUCUGAGCAGCUGGGCGUGGCAGCCUCUGAAAACACUAUUAUGUGGGAGCCGGUUUCCUUGCUUUAGUUGAAUGUCCCUUUUGGCCUUUGUCACCCUAGUAGCUGGACCUCUUCUAAGUGCCAGUGAUUCUCUCCCGCCCCCGUCUGGCUUUAUAAAAUAAGCUUCACACACUGCUGUGAGCACCAAGGAGUAAGGCAGUCUUCCAGAUUCUCAGUGUCCUCAGCCCUUCUCCAUUCCAGCUGGUUUCUCAAGCUCAGUGGUGAGAUUCUUACUGUUGUACCUUUUCCUUGACUUGGGAACUUUGUAUAAGUAAUUUGAUUAUCCAAAUUCACAGAAAUGAGUAGUUUUUACAUAGAAUAAUACAAAGGACAUCCAGUAGCUGUGGAAAUUGAUUACCUCCUGAUAAUCCACUGGCAUUCUUGUUCCUGGGGGUACAGGUAAGCCAGGGUUGAGAACAUUUUUCAGCAAAUGCCUGCGUGAUCUGUAGUUCACAGCCCACUGCAACCAAACCUGCUACCCCCAGAAAUCAUCCUCUCCAUUGUUGUAGUUUCUGACAGCCACUGGGGAGCCCUUGACUGACUACGGCAUGUGGCAUGGGGUCAGCCUCAUGACAGUGUGUUUGCAUGGGUUCCCUUCAUCUGUGUGCUUGUUGGCGAUAGUCCAGUGCAUCAGCAGGCUGUCAUAUUCAUGCCAUUCACCAUUCUGCCACUCUUCUUUUUUCCUGGAGUCUCAUUGUAAUCCCAUGGCUUCUCCCGGGAGGCUGCAGAGCACCCUCCAAAUAGCUCUCUGCCUUAGUGUGAAAGGCUGAUGUCUGACCUCUUGGAGGAGGAUGUCUUUUCACCAGCCAUCCAAUGGCCUCCAGAUCCAGCCAUUCUUGACAUCAGAUGCUGAAUGUAGCCCAGGGCCAGCCGGCCUGUGAGAAGCGGACUACCCGAUCCUGUCUGCUGUCGUUCUUGCAGAUGUACUUAGUUUUAUUCCAUGACAUGGGCAUCUGUUCUCUCAAGAUGUAUAUAUUUUCUUACUGUACAUAAAGACAUUCCUUAAGUCAUACAGAAAGUUUGUGACAAGGGGACUUGGGCAUCUUGUUGUGAAUGCCAUUGUGGAAUUCUCUGUGUGUUCACAACCCAGCUCUUAACUUUUCUUGUUCGACAUAAUCUGUGGGCAUGCAUGAAGUUCUCAAACAAGACUCCAUGCCAGCCGAGCACUGACUGAUCUCCAAACAGGGUUUUCAUAGCCUGUUUGUGUGAGCCUGAUGUGCCCUCCUUAGAGCCUAUGUAGUUCCAAGUUCCUCUACUCUGAGGGCAUCUCUCAUACUCCUUGCUGUUUGGGCAAACUGGAAACAGACCCUGCAGAAGUCUGCACCUCCCACCUCAAUUGUAGUUGACUUUCAGUCCCAAACUUGAGGGUGCUGGGCAGCUCUCACUCUAGAGGGAGCUUGCAGAGAGGCUUCCUGUCACCUUGGGAGCAGUGCUCACUUCAAAGCUACUUCUAAUUGUUCAGUUUGUGACUAUUUUUAAACAGUUUGCCAAUAGGAAACUCCUGAUAACACUUGCUACAUAUCAUGUUUUAAUUGCUUGUACAGUUAACCUUUAAUUUUAUUUAGUAAAGUGUAUCAAACUAGGACUUUUUGAAUUGUAAAUAUGUGGUUUUGUUAAAAUAAAGUCAUGUAAAAUUGUUACUUA